AUUCAUGUUACUGUACCUCCGCCCGCUGCAAGUUGGGGUGCGACGAUUUUUCAUUCAGCUCGCACAACUCCUUCUUGACGUGAAAAUCAAUGCAGCAACGAAUGACCCUGUGGUCCGAGCGGCCAAGAAUGCAACCUUAGAGCCAUUAAGAUCGAUGACUGGCCUUGGAACCGAGACCUGACCGGUGGUGGUGGAUCGGCCCUUACCAGGUGCAGUAACCGGUCGGCUCUAGUUUGUCUGGACUAUUUGAUCUGGUUGGAACUGGGCGAACACCGGGACGCCCAGAUUGUGCCAGAUUUUCCUGGAGGUUCCGGGCUACCCGCACGUGACCCCAAAUUUCUUCACCCGCCCCCGCCGUCCUCCUGCAUCUCGGGGUUCUGCACCCCGACUUUGACCUCCAUUGCUCCAUCAUUGCUCCAUCUUCACCUCCAGCCUCAAUGCUCCCUCAUUCCACCUUCCAGCGACCACCCCGCAAUGUCAACCAUGCUUCGCAUCAACCACGUUGUUACACGAUGAACUGACGACCCGCUACGAGUGGCUACAGUCCGGUGGCUGGUGGUCUACUCGACCUCGCUUCGACAGCCUGAAGAUUGCCUUUUGCCCACCUUCUCCAUCCUAGGAUCCCCGCCUAUCCCACGGUAUCCUACAUCCAGCUGUACCCCUGAUCCAGAGCUCCCCAGCAUGGACUUUUUGUCCUGGAGUCUCCGCUACUUCGUCCCAAUGGGCCGAGCUCUGUCCGGAACCGACCCUGGAGUUAUUGAGGACUGUGGAGUUCGGGGUUCUAUAGCUUCCUCAGCUCGGGGAAAAUACUACUCUCGACACCGAGGACCAUGGAGCUGCCCGGUACUCUCACUUGGCCUCGACCCGCUACUAAUGGGACUGUAAUUUGAACCAAAGGUCAUACGACCACAUGCCAGAGCGCGGAACUGAACCACAUGCUUGGAUCUUGGAUCUUGACCCUGAAGUCUAUAUAUCGCGCGGGUUGUCCUCUCCCCAGGAUUCCUCCAUAUCCCCCAUCCCGCCUCCCGUCCUGAACUCCGUCAUCACCUGUGUUGCCCGCCGACCAGAUUCAACCAACUCUCUAAGGUGACAAAGACAAGCAUUGAAAAUGGGUAGCUCUCCAGAGGUAUUCGUUGGUUCCAUCGACCAGGGAACCACAAGUUCCCGGUUCUUGAUCUUUAACAAGGCGGGUGAGCCGGUCGCCUCGCACCAACUCGAGUUCAAACAGAUCUAUCCUCAGCCUGGCUGGCACGAGCAUGACCCCUUAGAGAUCGUGUCUUCGGUGGAAAAAUGUAUUGACGAGGCCUGCAAGCAAUUUGAGACCCAAGGUCACAGCUUGCACAGCAUCAAGGCUGUCGGUAUCACCAACCAGCGUGAGACUACUGUCCUAUGGAACAAAGAGACUGGCGAGCCAUUGUACAAUGCUAUUGUCUGGACCGACACCCGGACGCAGGCACUGGUCCGAAAGCUCAAGCACCGUCUGGGCGCCGACAAGCUUAUGGAAAUCUGCGGUGUGCCUCUGUCUACCUACCCAUCGGUGGGUAAGCUGCUUUGGCUACUGGAGCACGAGCCAAAGGUAAAGGCUGCCUACGAGAAGGGAGUUCUCGCCUUUGGUACCAUUGAUACCUGGCUGGUCUUCAAGUUGAACGGGGGCUUGAAGCGAAAUGUCUUUGUUACAGACCCUUCCAACGCAUCGCGAACAAUGUUCAUGAACAUCCACACCCUUACCUACGACGAGUCAUUGUUGGACUUUUUCAGAAUCGAAACCGACAAGGUCCACCUACCGAAGAUCGUCCACUCUUCCGAUCCGUCCGCGUAUGGCUCACUGGCCUCCACUCUACUCAAGGGUGUGCCUAUCACGGGCUGUCUGGGUGACCAAUCCGCAGCUCUUGUGGGUCAAAAGGGCUUCAGCCCUGGCCUGGCCAAGAAUACGUACGGCACCGGUUCCUUCAUUCUCUACAAUGUGGGCGAGAAGCCUGUCAUUUCUACCCACGGUCUCUUGACCACGGUGGCAUUCGACUUCGGCGGCAAGAACAAGGCCAUGUAUGCCUUGGAAGGCAGUAUUGCCGUUGCCGGCUCCAGUGUCAAGUUCCUCGUGGACAACUUUGGCUUCAUCGACUCCUCGAGCAAAGUCAGCCAACUGGCUGAAACGGUCGAAGACAACGGUGGUGUCACCUUCGUGACCGCCUUCUCCGGUCUCUUCGCUCCUUACUGGAUCGAUGACGCUCGAGGCACCAUCUUUGGUAUCACGGCAUACACUAAGCGCGGCCACGUUGCUCGUGCGACCCUGGAGGCGACUUGCUUCCAGACCAAGGCCAUUCUGGUUGCCAUGGAGAAGGACAGUGGACACAAGCUCGCCGAGUUGGCUGUGGAUGGUGGAAUGAGCAACUCCGACCUGACCAUGCAGAUCCAGGCUGAUCUUGUCAGCAUCCCCGUUAGACGUCCUGCCAUGCGUGAAACCACUGCUUUGGGCGCAGCCAUCGCCGCCGGUCUGGCGGUCGAUGUGUGGGAGAGCAUUGAUGAGCUCAGGGAGGUUAACAAUGAAGGGACCACCACCUUCAAGCCAAGCAUCAGCAAGGAAGAGAGUACCGCUCAGUUCGCCCGGUGGGAGAAGGCCGUGGAAAUGAGCAAAGGCUGGGCCAACUAAAAUGGUUGACUGUGUCAAUCGGACUUUUGUUAGCGCAUGGAGUUCUAAGGGUUUCGGGGCUUUGUAGUUUAAAAGGCAGUCCUCCAAAAGGAUCAAUGGUACUUGUGGAACAAAUGUCGUUUUCUCCAGUCAAGAAAGUAA